AUGGACACCUUUGACAAGUUCUCUAAGUCAACUGGCCUCAAAGUCAACCCCGCAAAAUGCUGCAUCUUCUUUGGUGGUGUAGACCAAAGCACAAAGAAUGAUAUUAAAAGAAUCACUCGCUUUGACGAAGGUACGCUUCCUUUUAGAUACCUUGGGAUUCCAAUGACUAGUAAGAAAUUAGCUAUUCAAAACUACAUGGGUUUGAUUGAUAGAAUUGUUGGGAGAAUCACUCAUUGGAGCUCUAAACUUCUAAGCUAUGUUGGGAGAAUUCAGCUUCUCAACAGUAAAAGCCGUAAAUCCCCCGUUGCUUGGAAAUCAGUUUGUCAACCUAAGCGUUAUGGUGGGCUGAACCUCAUUGAUAUUGAGAUUUGGAACCGCAUUACUAUGUUGAAGCUUCUUUGGAACCUGGGUAGCAAAGCCGACAACCUUUGGGAGAAAUGGGUACAUGCGUACUACAUUAAAAAUCGGCAAAUUAUGGAGGCUCGUGUCCCGAAUAAUGCGUCCUGGCUUAUGAAAGCUAUUAUGCAGCAACGCGAUGAUAUCCGCCAUAAUCAUGAGUGGAAAGAGAUGUUGAAUGCCCCAAAAUUUAACAUGAAAAGAUGUACAUGGCAGUUCAUGAUAGAGCUCAAAUGGUGA